CGGGCGCAGAGGAUCCCGGGGGUGGCCACUAUACGCACCGGCGCGGGGAUGGGGACACCUGUCCCCGCCGCACUCUGCCCCCGCCCCCGCCGCGCGCACCCCGCACCAAGGCGAGCCGAGGUGAGGCGAGGGCGAGUCGGCGAGACAGGGAGCAGCUGCCUCCGCCCACCCAACCCAACCCAUCACCAAAGCGGAGAGGGGCGCACAGUCACUUGCCUUCCAAUUCGGCCGUCUCACGCAUCGAUUGCUUCCGCGCCACCCCAAGUAACCUAUAUAGUGCCGCGCGAAAUUCGCUCGGCUUCCUCUUCCUCCGCCGCGUCGCAGUGGGAGGGAGGAGGAAGGGAGGGAUGGAUCUGAAGGACGGCGAGAGGAGAGGGGCGGGGGCGCUGUCGAGGCAGGGGUCGAUCUACUCGCUGACGUUCGAUGAGUUCCAAAGCACGCUCGGCGGGAUGGGGGGAGGGCUCGGCAAGGACUUCGGCUCCAUGAACAUGGACGAGCUGCUGAGGAGCAUCUGGACCGCGGAGGAGAGCCAGGCCAUGGCCUCGGCCUCGGCGUCCGCGGCGCCCGGCGAGGAGGGGGCGCUGCAGAGGCAGGGGUCCCUCACCCUGCCCCGCACGCUCAGCGUCAAGACGGUGGACGAGGUUUGGCGGGACGUCAUGCGCGAGGUGCCGCCGCCGGGGACGGCCGGUGGUGGGGAGCCGCAGCCCAGCCGGCAGCCGACCCUCGGGGAGAUGACGCUGGAGGAGUUCCUGGUCAGGGCCGGGGUCGUCCGGGAGAACCCCGCCGCGGCGACGGAGAUGGCGGCUGCCGUCCUCGUGCCGCCGGUGGCUCCGCGGCCGAUUCAGGCGGUCAAUAAUGGCUCCUCCAUCUUUUUCGGCAACUCUGGGGGCGCCAAUGACAUCGGGGCCGGCGCGAUGGGGUUUGCGCCGGUGGGGAUUGGGGACCAGGCCAUGGGCAAUGGGCUGAUGCCUGGGGUGGCAGGGAUGGCGGGUGCUGCGGUCACUAUGAGUCUGGUGGAUACGGCGGUGGCCCAGCUAGAUUCUGUGGGCAAGGGGAACGAGGACCUGUCCUCGCCGAUGGCGCCGGUGCCGUACCCCUUUGAGGGGGUGAUAAGGGGAAGGAGGAGCGGUGGGGGUGUAGAGAAGGUGGUUGAGCGGCGGCAGAGGAGGAUGAUCAAGAACAGGGAGUCUGCGGCUAGAUCCCGUGCCCGGAAGCAGGCUUAUACCAUGGAGUUGGAAGCUGAAGUUCAGAAACUCAAGGAACUGAACGCAGAAUUGCAGAAGAAGCAGGAAGAAAUGAUGGAAAUGCAGAGAAAUCAGGUCCUGGAAGUGAUCAGCAAUCCGAAUGCUCAAAAGAAACGCUGCCUGCGAAGAACAUUGACAGGCCCCUGGUAAUUGAGUUGAUGAUGAUCAGACUUGACAAGGUAUUUAACAUUAUGGUACUUGUACAUAUCGUCAGGAUUUGGAAACCCCAAAUGCCUGUUGUAUAUUAGUGAUCAACAGAGUCGAGUGUACCAGUGCUUAACGUGCUUCUUUGAUUCACAACCAUGCAAGCAGGCUUUAUUGCACUUCUGUGCCCUCUCAUGCACUUUAUGUACCCUGAUGACUGAUGGUCCUAGUUCCUGUGGUACGGUUUCAUAAGAAUAUAAAUGGGGGUAGUUCAUGGUUGUUUGGCCCCUGAUUGCAUUGUCUAAGAGAAGUUGUGGAGCGUCAUGCUGAUGGAGCUCACUGAACUUUGCAAGAAAUGGCUCUGUAUCUGUUCCAGAUAUUGGAGACAGAGGAGCUCUUUUUGGUACUAUAGGGCUUGAAGUUGGAAGUUUUAGGAUUGAAGUCUGAACCCUUGGUUCAUGUCAUGACCGAACUUAUAACUGAGGGAUAUUGAAGAAGCAUCUAAUGGGUUGAAUUUAUUCA